GUGGACUCUCGAGGACUGCUACUGUAACCUGUUCUUCGCUCUUAACUCUGUACCACGAUGAGCCAUCCGAGAUACAGCGUUCUCAACCUCUUCGAUCCUCUUAAUGCGACUCCAAGGAGCGAAGUCACAACGCCAGACUCGCUCUCUGGAUCUGACAAGGAAAACGCUGAGCCAAGCCACGAAUCCUACUAUGAAUCCGACAGGCUCACGAUGACGGCAUUCUUCAACCGCACUUAUAAGACGCAAAGCAAGCACUACUCCCCAGUAGUUCUCAGAACUCGUCUGGUUGAUGUCGGUGAUACGACUAUCAUGGAUGAAACUGCCGAUCUUCUUAAUGGGCUCACUAUUGAAGAAGAGCCCGAAGAUGACGUCGAUAAUGCGUCGCUUGUUCAUGAAAGUAUGGACAUGGAUGAAGAGGACUCGUUGGCCACGCCGAUGAACAGUCCUUCGAGAAAGACCCACAAUCGCUACAAUUCCACGCAAACACCACUGUCAGAACAGACUCUUACUCCUCAUGUUCAGCGCACCCCUCUUGCCGAUAUCUCUAUGGAUGCCACACCCGUUCCGCGCAAAGCAGUAAAUCUCGCCCGAGCUUCUCCUGAAGCUUCAAAUUCUGGCGCGGAGCAUCACUCCUCACCAAUGACAGCAGUCCGCACGAGUCACGCUACCUUGGCACCAGUUAGCUCACCACUAGCAUCUGUGAUCAAUGCCAUCAACUUCACAGAUAAAAAAGUGCCAUCGGGAGGGCGCAUUCACGAACACGCUACUCCUACCAUCGUUGUGUCGAGAGAAGGAAAUUUAGGUUCACCUACAGUACAUCUAUCACCGUCACCGUCGGCCACUCUCCUUUCAGAAGAGAUACUAACUCGAUCUGAUGCGCCAUUAUUACCUCCUUCCAAAUAUCAGACCCAAUCAUCUCCUUCGCACGACGCAUUAACCGCCUCAACCGCACGCCCUCGGUUACGCGCUCGAGCACACACAACGUCUUCCCCAUCUUUUAAUCCGCGCCGAAAUUCUGUGGAUCUCCAGUCUUCAUUCAACCUCCAACUAAAUUGCCCUGACGCGUCUUUCGAUCUUCUAAAUGACAGGAUUUCAUUCUUUGGUGGUGAUGCUUUUGUGAUCGACACCGAUGAUUUCGACAUGCAAGCUGAGGAAGAGAUGAUGGAGGCCCUUGCAAACCGAAUUAAGGAGAAGGACGCGGCGAGCACUGUUGCAACCGAUGCUGGUUCUCCAGCACCACAAUUUGGGUCUAGUCCAACGCUACAACCAUCACCUCCAGCGGCUGCUGCAAAUGCUCCCCCUGUAGCCGUGAGACUGACAACAAGACGGAGCAGCCUCUCUCCGGGAAUGAAAUUGUCGUCGCCCUCCCCCCGGCCACCCAUGGUUGUUGCACCCGAGGCUGAGGUCUCUGAGCCACUGAAGGUGUCUGCACCUUUAUCCCCGAUCCCUUCUCCAACAUUGCAAUCAGUGACACCGCCGAGGGUUUCGCUGGCAUUUACUGCGCCAGUUCCCGCAGCUCCAGUGCAUGCGCUCCGCAUUGUGAAGCGGUCCAAGGCACAUGACAGGACAACUUCCCUAUCUAGUGCGGGCUCGUCUGCUGGAAGUAGUGCAGAGGAGCAGGAGUCACCGACUGUACCUUCCGCCUCGAUCCACAAACCAAUACUAACUGGCGUGCGCCGCCCUCCUCCUGGGCUGAUGCCUGCCGACCUUAAGGCGAAUGUAUUUUGCAAGCCUGAGCAGGGUAUACGGCCUACGCUGGGUAUGAAGAACAAACUCACAAGCGUCCUCGGUCUGCGCACAAAAGCUACUGAGCCUCCCCAUUCACCCCUUGAGAUGUGCAUGCCCUCCCAACCUGUACAGACAAAACCAUCUAGUGGGACGCUCAAAUCAAGGUUGCUGAAGCCUACUGCGUCAUCACUUAGCAAGGCUCCGCCAGUGAAGAUACCAACCGCAUCUAAUACCACUGCUACAUCAAAGAGCCUGCGCCCGCCAUCACGCUUUGCGACUAUAGGCAUGGCUUCGGGGUUGCCCCGUCCUACAGGGGGAGCGCUACCUUCGUCCAGACUUCCAGCGCCCACCAUUAGCGCGCCAAAGUCAAAACUGCCUAGCAUGACCGGAAGUUCAAGUACAAUCGGGAGGAGUGCCACCAUUCGGAGGGUUUGAAGGGUAAUGAAAAGGAAAACGACGAAAGGGAGAUGCACAUGGGAUGGAAUUUCACGUAUGUCAAGCAUGUUAUCAUUGCAUCUGUUCUUUGCGGCAUUUUUUUCCUUGAUUUUUUGGUCUCGCUUUGUUCCGUAUCCCUCGUUAUUUUAUGUCACUCACAAUGCAUGCACAUCAAGAGGAGUGGUAGAUACGCAUUUUAGCAUGGUAGUUAUGUAGGUGUUCCCUACAGUAUAGAAAACAUGAUUCAUGGACUUCCUCAGUUUUGAAUAAUCAACACAUUGUAGGCUGACUGUAGUUGUGUCAUGCCCAACCCAG